UUAAAACUUGGUGGCAUAAAUGACUCGAGUGCAUAUUGAAAAGCACUUAAUUGCACUGCAGGUUCUGAACUUCAGGUCGUUCAGCCAGGUGAGUCGGACGGCGUCGCCAGGCUCCGCCCCCUUCAGGUGCCGCACAUUAAAACGCAGACGAGCUGAACAAUGGCGUUUAAUCGUGUGAAAAGGAAGGCGCCGAUCUUGAACUGCGAACAUGUCAACGAGCGGAGUGAAGACAGCGGCUCAGAGCCCACUGCGCUGCUGCAGUUUGUGUUUCAGUCCGUGGUCGUGCGUUUGCGUGAAGGGAUGGUCGUCUGCGCUGCUGCGCGGCCUCCCUGACCCCCUGCUGGCUGCCGCCUCGUCCGCCUGCUCUGCCCCGGAGCCCUGGCUGCUGCCCGGCUGCAGCUCGGUGUACGACAGCCUGGUCAGUAACGUCUCUCCGAUCCUGUCUCCUCCUCCAACGAGCGGCCUGCGAGGGAGAGAGCGGGUCCCCAGCAACAAGCCUCGCAGGCCGUCUAUCCUGGAGCGCUGCAUCCUCAAAGUGUCCUCGAGCAACGUUGCCGUGGGGACGGACGACCUGGACAAGAGGCACCCACUCAGUCGCUUCUACCCGCGCCUCCCGGACCCGACCAACACCGAGACCAACGCUGCGGUUCUGAAGCGGCGGCAGAAACAGAUCCAGUAUGGAAAGAACACCAGCGGCUACCAGAACUACCUGCAUCAAGUCCCCAAACACCUGAGGGACCCUAAGAUCCACCCAUCCACCCCCAACAAGUACAGGAAGUACAGCCGGCGCUCCUGGGACAUGCAGGUGCGUCUGUGGAGGCGGGCGCUGCACCUGUGGGACCCUCCGAGCGAUAAUCAGCCAGACGCCUCUGAAACUCAGGACCCAGUGGAGCAACUGCAGAGCCAGUUGGCCAAGAUGACCUCUGACCUGUGUGAGGAUGGAGGGGACAAGCGGAGAGAGAAGGAGACUCCAGCAGCUUCCAAGGCCUCCUCUGCGCCUCCCCUGUCGGCCGGGCCCUCGGCGGCGCUGCCUGGACCCUGGCGAGUCCAGCGAGCACCGGAGGCUGAGCCGAGCCCCCGGCCUCUUCGCUCUCCGCCUGGCCUCGGCUACUCUGUCAGGGAUCAGCUGGACCGCGACAUGAACGACUGGCUUCACCUGCUGCUGGAGGCCGAGCACACCCAGGAUUUGGGCUCUGACGACCAGCAGGUUCCUGUAUUUUCGGACCAGCUUUUGUGGAACCCGUACUGAUCUCUGGUCCAAAGCAAACGAGGUCGGGACGCAUGUCUCGUCUUCCAGGGUCCAUCCCUCCGCAUGUCUGCAGAUCCUGAACGCGUUGGAGAACCAUUGUUUCUAGUAUCCAGAACAUUUGUCUUUUAAAGAUAACCCAAGAUUUGCUGUAACAGCGGCAGGGAUGUUUGUUGCUUGACCCGAGUUCCGUCGGUCCCUCCAUGAGCUAAUUAAUGAAUUACCAUAAUUGAUUAACCCUAAAUUGAGGAAUGUGGGAGGAACUGGGCGCUCUUAAACGUGUCCUCGGGUUGAACAGCUGGACACUUUGACCAGAGCAUCUUACUUUAUGUUGUGGCUUCACUGCACUGCUCACUUCUCAUGUUUCAAGUCCUGCACUGAUGCAAAGAUUUUUGUCACAAUUGUAGUGUUUGUGUGUAUGUGUGGAUGUUUUUUUUAAUUUUUAUUUUUUAUUUUUUGUGAUCACAUGAUUAUCUCUGAGGCCGGUUGUUGUCCUCUUGGGUUCACCUUCAUGCUCUGCCAUCUGGGUCCAGCUCCUCCUACGUCCACAUCUUCAUUGCUGGGAGAGGGAAGGACAUCUCUUUUUGUGUGUUGUGAUUUUCUUUUACAUUUUUGUGAUUCUCAAAUUGUGCUGCUUGACUAUCAAGAGGCAAAACUUAAAGAUAUCAUUAAUAAAGAUGUAAAUAAAGUGUUAAAUAAA